UAUAACCAAAGAAAACACGUUUAUACAUGACGACGUUUCAUGUCACAGCCUGCAUGCGAGUCAACACGAAGGUGUUCAGUACAGGUGAACUGUCGAAGCGGGAAAACAUCGAUUCAAAGGGACAGAAAGACUCAUGGGUGACUGCGAGGAGACCGACUUGUUUUGGGCGUCUUUGAUUUCGCCCGGGAAGAGAAAACGAAAGAAAGACUCCAAGAAGGACAAAAAAUGCAAAAAGAAAGAACAAAUGGACGAAAAAGUCGAAGGAAAAAAGAAGACGACAAACUCCAAAUUCAAAGAAGCGAUGGGGAAAAAGAAGCGAAUUAAAAAAGAGAAGAAGAAAAAGAAAAACAGAUCGGCUCUGGACGACGACGAGGAAAAACCUCAAACAUCAAAUCCAUCCAGGCGCAGCAGUGACGAGCUAAAACCCGACAAGAAGAAACGAAAAAAGAAAGUCUCGUUUGACUUGUCGCCGGGCGUCAUCUGGGCCAAACAUCCUAAAUCCAUCCCAUCGUCUUCCCAGCAUCCCAAAGAGAGCGUCCUCUUAGAAGACGCUGCCGCUGCGAGCGCCGGCGUGUUCACGGCGACAGGUCAAACGCACGACGACGACUCUCAGCUCAACAGCGAGGACAUAAACAGCCAGGACCUGUUCAUCACCCAGAAGACCUUCAGGGCGUCGCCCUCUGAGCCUUCGAGCGGCGAAGCCAGCGAUGAAGUUAUUCCUCAGACGCCCUCGCCGCAGGUAGAGCGGCAUCUCGAGGGAUCGUACGAACGUCCACGGGAGUCGCAUUUCCAUCAGCUUCACGGAAAGACGACACUUCUCACACAAGGAGAAGAGAGGACAAAGAAAGUACAUCGUGAGCACAAGAAGGGAAACUUCAUGGACAAGGAGGGUAAGAAAGUACCGUGUCCUCCCGUAGACGUCAAGCCCAGGGUGGUGCCUCCUUUCCUGGACGACCCCAUCAAUGCAACCCCGUCCCUGCAUGAGUCAAAGACAAGCACCUCCACCCAGACCGAAAACCUGUUCACCACCGAGCUCUCCUCUUACCUCAACUUCUGCCGCAGAGUGACCGUACCCUUGGACAACCUGAAACCUCUAGACCUGAGCCUGCCGCAGAGGGCCAGAAAAGACUUCGGGACGUCGGUGAAGAUCAACCGCAAAGACCUGAACCCGCAGCCUUUAGGCGCCAAAGACGUUGUGGUGAAGAAAGAGCCUCCCAGUCAACACCGUCUGUCUUUAAGCACACGAGGCAAAAGUAAAACAUCUCCGACCCUCCAGUCGGAGUCUGACACCAAGUGUGGAGAAACCACCAACUCCAGCGAGGACGAGCCGACAAACCGCUCUGGAAAGCUGGAGCUGACCCAGGCUCGAGCGGUCCAGACCAAACUCAACGAGUCCUUCUUUUUCAAGACCAAAGGGGACGGACAGUCACCGAGGCCGGAGUCUGCGCUGAUGAAACUCGCUCAGGGCCAAGACGUGAAGACGAGGAAGGGCCGCGUCACGCGACCUGCAGUCAGCGGCUGCCGCUUUAACGCCACGCCGCAAAGAGCAGCCAAGUACGAGUUCAACUCGUGACGGAUGUUAUGGAGAAUCCAGCCAUAGUUACCCAAAAAUGAACUUAAUGUCACUCGUUUGAAUUCUCGAGUAACUUUUCUAGACGUUUGUUCGUGUUUUAAGUUCAAAUAUCAGCUCCAGUAAGAACUUUUUGAAUGUUUCCAGGAAACUUUCACAUCAAAUUGUCGCUCAUGGCGUUGUUUGUUGGCUGUUCUGUAUGAAAGGAAGUCUUUUAUAAAUUAAAGUUGAGCUUUGCUACUGAGGGGCAAUCGGGCUGCAUUCAUGAUUUGUGUCGUCAUAGUAACCCAAUCUGAACAUCAGGAGAAAGUUUCAGAGCGUCCCGGUAACCAUAGUGACUGUACACCUGAGCGGUAACCAUGGUAACUCACGGUGCCAGAGGAGAGGGCGAGACGCUGAAUGAACCGUUUACUCAGAUAUACUGCAGACACAUGUAGAGAGACAGACAGCUGAGAGACAGCAAGAGAGA